CCCAUUUUAACCCCUCUGUAAGCAUUAUUUCUAUAUGCUGAACUUUCCCGUGAAGAAAAAGAAAAGUCCAAAGUUGUUGGCAGUAACGCAUAGCACGUAACGCUGCGCUGACAUUUUGCGAGAGCCCCUCCUUGAGUAGCUGCAUCAAAGAUUAAAAUAACAUAACGUAUGCAAUAAUAAGGCAGGACCACAUGCGACGCGCUUAGUAUGCACAGGAAGAUGAAUCUAUUUAGCUGAACAUAAAUAUCUUAACAUGUCGUAUCUCGUUUUUUUGCAAGGGAAUAAUAUUUACCUAUCCCCCUACUCCAUUUUUUCCAUUUUGAAGUUUAUAAAAUUGUAUAACCCCUUGGUAAGAAUUCUUUUGCACAUUGUCCUUCUGUCCUAUGCGAAAACGUACAACAAGAGGAUAAUCAAGCUGGCCUUCUCCCUCAUGUACGUUUGCGCGUACGUGAGUAUGUAUGUCUUUGUGCGGCCAGACUUGACCAAGUUUCGAACGCUUAAUGGCUACAUAACGAAACACAUAUAGACUGGGUAACUCACGUAGGGGAGGGGGUGAGGCGCGCUCACAUUAAGCAAGUCUGCACGAAGUUUCAUGCAUUCAUAUGUGCCCGCCCGCAUAUGUAGAAACAAUUUGUUGGCCAC